AUGGCCGUCAAGAUCGGAGCCUGCAGCCUCUGCCGGGACAACGUCGAGAAUGCGCUCCAGGAUACCGGGAUCCUCAACUACGACAAGUCCACCACGAGGGGGAAGACCACCUUCACCAUCAACAUUCCCGGCGGCCCCAAGACAUGGCCCAAGAACUCACUGCGCACGGCCUGCUGGAACCAGCUCAGCCUGGACUUUUACUACCACUCGAGCACCCGCAAGGGCGACACCAUCUGCUGCUCGAACUACUAA